CUAUUAACCAUGUUUAAUUUACUCUUCUUUUCAUCUCUCUCUCCAAACCCUUCUUUUCUCUCCCCAUCGUUUUCAUUUUCCAUUCUUCCUUUUUCCUUCUCUUGCUCUCACAUAGCCUCAAAACCUAUACAUAUAACCUUCAACCAUCACUAUGGCUCCUCCUUCAGAUAUCAACCAUCUCUCUAACCCUUGCAUAUAUGGGGAUUUUUCUUCUUCAUACUCAGAGAGAAAAUCUGGUUUUAUGAAAUGGUUUGGUAAGAUUUUCAAAAUCGGGUCAAAUAGAGGAAGAGUCGGGGGUCAUCAUCUUCAGCAGCCUAUAGAGGAAAACAUGGCUUGGCGAGCUCCACCUAGAUCGUUGGAUAACCGAGCUAGAACGAAGAAAGAGGACGAGGAUUUGAGCAAUGCGAUUGCACUUUCUUUAAAUGAAGAUUUGAAGAUACCAGCAGGAUAUAGAUGGCGAACGGGAGCUGAUGAUGAUUAUGCAAAAGGACUUCAGGAUCGCAUGCAUUCAUCGCUACACCCUCCGUAUGCCCCUUUACCGUAUUAUCCCCGGGGAUACAGCAUGCCAUCGCAUACCAGAUUAUGUGGAGGGUGCAACAAAGAGAUACUCUACGGGAAUUGUUUGGGAGUUGAACAAAGUUAUUUUCAUCCAGACUGCUUCCGGUGUCACUCUUGUCAUCAUCCUAUUACCGAGCGCGAGUUUUCUUUGUCAGGGAAGCAUCCGUAUCACAAAUAUUGUUUUAAAGAAUUGAGCCAUCCUAAAUGUGAAGUUUGCCAUCAUUAUAUACCUAUAAAUGGUUCUGGUUUGAUUGAGUAUAGGUGUCACCCCUAUUGGAACCAAAAGUACUGUCCAUCUCAUGAAUAUGACAAUACAUCUCGCUGUUGUAGCUGUGAAAGAUUAGAGUCUCGGGGAGAAAGAUACUUUAGAUUGGACGAUGGACGGAUUUUGUGCUUUGAGUGCAUGGAAUCUGCUAUAACAGAUACCGGCGAAUGUCAACCUCUUUAUCAUGCUAUUAGAGACUAUUAUGAAGGAAUGAAUAUGAGAAUCGAUCAACAAAUCCCGAUGCUACUAGUUGGGAGAGAAGCACUUAAUGAAGCCAUUGUUGGAGAGAAGAAUGGUUACCAUCACGUUCCAGAAACACGAGGCUUAUGCCUUUCAGAAGAGCAAACCGUCACCAGUGUACAUAAAUGGUCAAAAAUAGGUGGACAUCGAUUAAUUGGGAUGCGAGGUCAACCUCAAAAGUUGAUUCGAAGAUGUGAAGUUACAGCUAUUCUUGUUCUAUAUGGUCUUCCGAGGUUACUCACAGGUGCUAUCCUCGCGCAUGAGUUGAUGCACGGUUGGUUACGACUUAAAGGUUACCGUAAUCUUGAUCCUGCCGUAGAAGAAGGUAUUUGUCAGGUUCUUUCUUACAUGUGGCUUGACGCAGAAGUUAUGUCAGGUUCUAGAACCAGGCCAUCGAUAUCAGCGGCUUCUUCGUCCUCCUCCUCUUCCGCAUCCUCCUACUCGUCAAAGAAAGGUGUGAAAUCCAAAGUUGAAAAUAAAUUGGGUGAGUUUUUCAUGAACCAGAUUGCUAAUGAUUCUUCACCGGCUUACGGUGGAGGCUUUAGAUCAGCUAAUGCAGCGGUUAAUAAAUACGGUUUACGUUGUACUCUCGACCAUAUUCGUUUGACUGGUCAGUUCCCUAUGUAAUAAGAACAUCUUCUCUAAGGAGUUUGGAUUAUAGUGUUUGGUGUUGGAUUGGUUUAUAUCCAAUAAGUAUAAUUCACUACUAUUAUACCUUCCUUGUUUUAAUUCUAGAGAAUGUUCUUCUUA